GUAUUUCGUGGCGCCAUCUUGUCUUAUCUGUCAAGUUUUCGGCUCUCAGCAAGCAUUGUUGAUUUCCUCUUGUAAUUUUUGAUUUAUCUUAGAUUUUUAGCUUGUAACUACGGAAUAAUAAACUUAAAACCAUGUUGAAAUAACCAUAUUUUAAAGUGAAGUGGUAGUAAUUACAAUCUCAAACAAUCCACUUUUGUUACGGACUGUAUUUAGUCAAAGUUCAUCGAAUCAAUAUGACGGCGACGACUAUGCAAAAUUCGACAAAAACUAACACUGCGACUCCUGCUAAACCUCAGAAAAACUAUGGGAAAAUCGUCCUCACGCUUUACAACUGUUUGCUGCCGGAAACUGCAUUCAAAGAGACACCAUCACAAGCCGAUGGGUUAGACACAGAAACUGAAACAGAUUUGCGGAUUUUAGGAUGUGAACUCAUUCAGACUGCUGGAAUCCUGCUAAAACUACCUCAAGUAGCCAUGGCUACAGGUCAAAUAUACCUUCAAAGGUUCUAUUAUUCCAAGUCAUUUGUCAGAUUUCCAAUGGAAACUAUGGCAAUGGGUAGCAUUUACUUAGCCUCAAAAGUUGAAGAGAAACCGUGUAGAAUCCGUGACGUAAUCAACGUGUUCCAUCAUAUCAAGCAGGUGAGAGGCCAGAAGACUAUUAGCCCAUUAAUUGUUGAUCAGAAUUACAUAGAGAUGAAAAAUCAGGUCAUAAAAGCUGAACGGCGUAUUCUUAAAGAAUUGGGAUUCUGUGUCCAUGUGAAACACCCACAUAAACUUAUUGUUGUUUAUUUACAACUCCUUCAGUACGAGAAGAAUAGGCAAUUGAUGCAGAUUUCUUGGAAUUACAUGAACGAUGCAUUGCGCACUGAUGUGUUUAUGAGGUUCCCUCCAGAAACCAUUGCUUGUGCAUGCAUUUACUUGACAGCCCGGAAAAUUAGCCUCCCGCUACCAAAUAACCCUCACUGGUUUUUACUAUUCAAAGUCACAGAAGAAGACAUCCGGGAAGUGUGUGUGAGGAUUCUACAGCUUUAUAAACGUCCGAAAGUCAAUCCCGAUGAGUUGGAAAGUAAAGUUGACUUGCUGAGGAAAAUAUAUCAGGCAAAUCGUCAGGCAGCAAAAGAAAAUAAUGCCAAAGCUGAAGAGAAAAAAAUGGAAUCACCUAGUGCGUCAACUUCUAAAGAUAAUAGACGUGAUUCAAAGAAAGACAAGUCUCCAAAAACGCCACCAUUGACAUCUAAAUAUCAUAGCAGCCAUAAAUCUAAGAAGGAAAGAAGGUCUAGGUCUCCAUAUGAUCGUAAAAGAGAAUAUUCAAGUAAGAGGCAUAAGUCUCGCUCGAGGGAUCGUGAUACUGACCGCUCAAGGGAGAGGAGAUCCGAUGAUAAACGGGGUCGAGGGUCUUCGAGGAAGUAUGAUGAUUAUGAACGGUCAAAGUCCAGCAGGGAUAGUAGGGAUGAUAAGAGAAAACAUUAGAGUUAUAAUUUGUAAUGUAACUUAAUUUCUAUUUCUAAAUAAAAUUGAUUUAAUUAGA